AUGGCUAGAGGUAGAGGAAGCACAGGGCGUGUAGGCAAGUUUGUAGUUAGGAGUAAUCCUAUUGUUACUGCAAACAUACCUACUAUUCCUACUCCUACUACUGUUAGUCCUCAAGCGGGUGGCAUAGGUGGUCAAGAUGAUACAAAUCAACUUCAACCAUUGAUUCCUCACAAUAUGACUCAAUGUAGAGGUAGGGGUCGAGGAAGCACAGGGUGUGUAGGCAAGUCUGCAAUUAGGAGCAUUCCUACAAUUACUGUAAACAUGCCAACUAUUCUUGCUGCUGUUAGUCCUCAAACGGAUGGCAUAGGUGGUAAAAAUGAAACAAAUCAAGUUCAAUCAUUGAUUCCUUAUAGUACACCAGUGGUUCAAACUUCUGAUCAUGGUAGUAACCCUACAACACCUGAAUUAUCUCCCACUGCUCUAAAUCAGAGCAACCCAAUAGCUGAAGGUACGUUAACUCAAACCAACCAAGUAGGUGAGGGUGUAUCUGCUCGUAACACAACUGGAGAAGCUGCUAAAAUGGGUCAAGAUCCAACACCAAGUAAGUUAAACUUGCAUGUGCAUACACAUGAUCAUGAUGAAAAAUAUUCCGUUGAUGAACGUUCUCGAAUUGUCCAUGCUUCAUCAUCAGCUUCUAAUGAAUCAGAACCAGUUGUAGAUUUGGAUGAGUUUGUGAAGCGAUUGAUUCCCGCACUUAAAAAUCAGUUUAUUCCUAUUGUCAUUAAGGAGGUACAGAAAUUGAUUUCUUCACAAUCAGUAGUGAUUCCUCGUGCUGCUACUUUUGACUAUCUUGAUCCUUUACAUUUAGAUGAUGAUUGA